AUGUCUGAAAAGCACCUUGCCAAUCUAACAAGUUUAGAUGAAUUGGAUGCAUCUUCAAACCAGUUAACUUUGCAAGUCAGCUCCAACUGGACUCCUCCUUUUCAACUCACAUACUUAUACUUGGGUUCUUGCCUUCUAGGGCCUCAAUUUCCUGCAUGGCUUCGAACACAGAAGUAUUUGGAAGAGCAAAACAUGUCCCAUGCAGGAAUCUCCAGUGUCAUCCCAGCUUGGUUUUGGACACGAUCCUAUGCUAUAGUUGAUCUGUCUCACAACCAAAUCACUGGUAGAAUUCCAAGUUUACAUUUUGCAUCAAUCAAUCUUGGCUCAAACAAUUUCACUGAUCCACUGCCCCAAAUCUCUUCUGAUGUAGCAAGACUAGACCUCUCCAAUAAUUUAUUCUGUGGAUCUCUUUCACCCAUGUUGUGUCGGAGAACUGAUAAAGAAGUAAAUUUAUUGGAGUCUCUAGACAUCUCAGGAAAUCUUCUGUCAGGAGAACUUCCCAAUUGUUGGAUGUAUUGGAGAGAAUUGAUGAUGUUAAAAUUGGGAAAUAAUAAUCUGAUGGGACAUAUACCUAGCUCCAUGGGUUCUCUAAUUUGGCUCGGUUCAUUGCACUUGCGCAACAAUCAUAUCUCCGGAAAUUUUCUACUUCCAUUGAAAAAUUGCUCUAGUCUAGUGGUUCUAGACCUUAGUAAGAAUGAAUUCACUGGGACGAUACCAGCAUGGAUGGGGAACUUCAAUGGAAAGUUCAUUGAAACAUUACCAGGGGAUGGUGAGAUUGCAUAUACACCGGGUCUAAUGGUUCUUGUCCUUCAUUCAAAUAAGUUCACUGGAAGUAUUCCUCUUGAACUCUGCCACCUUGAUUCCCUUCAAAUCCUGGACUUGGGAAACAACAAUCUCUCGGGAACCAUUCCUAGAUGCUUUGGUAAUUUCAGCAGCAUGACCAAACAAUCGAAUUCAAGUUCCCCAUUUCCUUUUCAUAAUGAACGUUAUUUUGAAGCAACACUGGUUAUGAAAGGAGUAGAGUACGAGUACGACAAUACACUUGGCCUCCUAGCUGGCAUGGACCUCUCAAGCAAUAAGUUAUAUGGUGAGAUCCCAGAAGAAUUCACAGGUCUCCAUGGUUUGAUAUUCUUGAACCUGUCUAAUAACCAUCUCCAAGGGAAGAUUCCUGUGAAGAUUGGGGCCAUGACAUCAAUGGAGUCUCUUGAUCUCUCCAUGAAUAGACUUUCUGGUGUUAUUCCUCAAGGUAUGGCAAAAAUAUCAUUUUUGAGCCAUUUAAAUUUGUCAUACAACAACUUUUCUGGCAAAAUUCCAUCAGGCACCCAACUCCAAGGCUUUAGCCCCCUCAGUUUUAUUGGCAACCCGGAGCUUUGUGGGGCUCCACUGACUGAUGGUUGUGGUGAAGAUGGUAAACCAAAAGGUCCAAUUCCAAACAAUGAUGAUGAAGAGGACAAUGGAAGGAUUGAGAUGAAAUGGUUCUAUUUUGGUACGCCAUGGGGUUUCGUGGUGGGCUUUUGGGCCAUUUUGGCUGCAUUAGCAAUCAACAGAGCUUGGAGAUAUGCUUAUUUUCGGUUCUUGGAUGACAUGAAGUAUAAACUUCUAGGAUGGUGUCUGUAA